CUUUUGGCUAAGAUCAAGUGUAGUAUCUGUUCUUAUCAGUUUAAUAUCUGAUACGUGGGCCAAUGGCCCAUAUGAUAUUAAAUUUAUUUUUUUAGGGGGAAGGCCCGUUAAAAUAGCUUGCUAUUUGGGCCUUCGUAUGUCGCCUUAGCGUUGCACUGUUGCUUGGGCCGGGCAUACCUCACCAAUGUAGUCUGUAAUUUUGUACUAUUGGGCUGCAUUUAAUUAGUUUCUAAUCGAUAAUUAAAAGUAGGCCCACCAACACUUUUCUGUCUAAAACCGCUUUCUUUAUUAUGGAAUGUCUAGAUUGUCGAUUUGUUAGUAGUUUAUAAUCAAACAUAAAAACGAAGAUUAGGAAUUAAGCGCCGUAAGUUAGAGAUAAUAUAUUAUUUUCGGCGAGUUGGGGGAGGGAGGGCAUUAUCGUAUUUUCAAUCGUUAUGCGUGUGGGUUUAUCUCUGCCGAGAAUUAAUGACGAAUGCAUCACCACUUAAAUUUGGGAAAUUACGUAUCAGUUGUCGUGUACGCGUCUCGGAGCAUAAUUAUGUUCGGUGGCUCGUGAAUUUUGGACUGUAGAAUUUGGGAAGGGGGAAAUUGCCGUACCGGAUGGCUGCUACGACAAUGGCGACGGCGGCGGGGGCGGUGGUGCUGCUGUACUAUGUGUUCAGUCGGCGGAUGUCGUCGGCGGCGGAGGAAGUUGAGGAUUCGAGCGAUGGAGAUCUGUCGAAGUCCAAGAGUAGACUGGUUAAGAGGCGGUUGUCGCGGAGGCCAGCUCAGGCGCCUGCCACCUGGCUGGAGACGAUCUAUACGCUGUCGGAGACUCUGAGGUUUACGUAUGGGGAAACGUUGGGGAAAUGGCCGAUCGGUGAUUUGGCUUUUGGGAUUAAUUAUUUGAUAAGGAGACAGGGAAAUCUACAAGUCGCAAGUGUAUAUGCUGGGGAAAAUUCUAAGCAGCUUAAAGGCCCUGAGAUUAUUGAUCAGCUGCAUUACUAUUUAAGAUUGCUUACUCUCUGUUUUUUCUUCUCCAAGAGGCCCUUUCCGGUUUUCCUGGAAACUGCUGGAUUUUCAGAACCAAAUGUCCUUCUUCAGAAGCCGAAAGCGGGGAUUCUGAAGCCGGCCUUCACAAUUCUACGUGACGAAAGCUCAAAGUGCUUCCUUCUCUUGAUUCGUGGCACUCAUAGCAUUAAAGAUACAUUAACUGCAGCAACUGGUGCAGUGGUCCCUUUUCACCUUUCGGUGUUGCAUGAUGGUGGAAUAAGUAAUUUGGUGUUGGGCUAUGCUCAUUGUGGGAUGGUUGCUGCUGCUAGGUGGAUUGCAAAGCUAAGCGCUCCAACUUUGAUCAAGGCUCUUGAACAUAAUCCUGAGUAUGAGGUGAAGAUUGUUGGCCAUUCACUUGGUGGUGGUACUGCUGCAUUGCUAACAUACAUUCUUAGGGAGCAAAAAGAAUUGUCGGCAGUAACUUGUGUUACUUUUGCACCAGCUGCCUGCAUGACAUGGGAAUUGGCAGAGUCUGGGAAGCAUUUCGUCACCACUGUAAUCAAUGGCUCUGAUUUAGUACCUACAUUUUCCACUGCUUCUAUAGAUGAUCUUCGUUCAGAGGUAACUGCAUCAUCAUGGUUAAAUGAUCUUCGGGAUCAAGUUGAGCGCAAUAGAGUCUUGAAUGUCAUCUAUCGCUCUGCCAAUGCUCUUGGGUCUCGUCUACCAUCAAUUUCAAAUGCUAAAGCAAGGGUUGUAGGAGCAGGUGCACUUUUGAGGCCAGUGUCAAGCAGCACUCAGGUUGUGAUGAAACGUGCACAGUAUGUAGCUCAGGCAGUUGUCAAGACUCGUUCUUCCAUAUCAUUGUGGACAUGUAUGGGGCCCCGACGCAGAAUUGUUUCCCCAACAUCGAGCUCUAAAACGGAUGACUUUCAAGAGGCUCCUUUAAUCACUGAGAUAGCAUCUGAAUCUGCUGCAAGUGAAGUAAGAACAAGCAAUUCAGAUGCUAACAAUAUAGAGUAUCAUUUUGCAAGUAGCAGUGAGACUGGACGGGAGGAGACUGAUGAAGAUGAAGAUCUUGUUCAAGAGGACAAUGUGGUUUCAACCUCAAACAUCGAGGAGAUCACUGAAGGACAGCUGUGGUAUGAGCUAGAGAAAGAGUUUCAGAGACAGGAGAGCAACGUUGAUGCUCGGAUUCAGGAAGAAGAAGAAGAAGAGGCUGUUGCCAAAGAAAUCACGGAAGAGGAGAAGGUUUAUGCAGAUGCAGUGGAAAACCACACACCCGUCUCUUCAUCAGAUAUUUCGGACAAUCUUCAAUUCUAUCCACCUGGUCGAAUUAUGCACAUAGUUUCUACUGCAUCUUCCUCGGAUCCAGACAAUGACAGGGAUGCCGAGGAACAAGUUGGGAUCUAUGAGACUCCAAGGGAAUUGUACAGCAAGCUCCGGUUAUCAAAAACCAUGAUAAAUGAUCAUUACAUGCCAAUGUACAAGAAAAUGAUGGAACUACUGAUCAAACAACUUGAAGCAGUGUCUGCACAAUGAAAGAAGAGGCAAAUGGCUGAUAUAUCGUCCAUCACAGCAGCUCUUCCAGUUUGCUUCCAUCUGCAUACAGCACACUGCACCAGUCUCUUAGCCGAAUCUCCCCUUUCCGGUGACGCCGCGGCAGCAGCAACGACCCCCACCGCUUCUUCAUUCGACAUUACAUCCCACACCUAACACAAGCAGCAGAUUAAGCAACGGAAAUAUCGAUGAUCAUAUGUAUGUCUAUGCACAUACGCACCCCAUCGGUAGCCAAGAUGAUGAACUGAUCUCUUCUGGUAAUGCUUCUCUGAGUUAAUUCAGGCUCCGAAAUGAGGCCAAACUCUUUAAUGUAAUAGUCCCCGAAGGCUCUCGACACAGCCAAGCCUGGACCCUUCACGGUAUCCCCGUUUGGCAACCAUACCCGAUGCAGGCCCGGCUCGUCCGGGCAGGAGUAUACCCUCCCUCUUGACUCUGAUAUUCUUCUAUUCUCAUCUGUCAUCAUAUGAUUAUAUUGAGUUCUUGUAAUUGGAUCCAGAUGAGAACUAAGAAAGCUUCAAAGAGAUAAGUAACAACUAACGAGGUAGAUUUGGUUUGAGGUCUACUGUAAGCUGAGUUGCCACCAGAUUUCCCUCAUCAGAUACACUUGCAAGAACAGCCCGGGAGUCUCCGACAUUUGCAACGGUCAAAACAUCACCCUGAAAACACAAUCCGGACCUUAGUACGCUGAUGGAGAUUAUGGAGACAUCGAUGAUUCUAUGACGCCUAAGAUUUGCCUACCUGUCGGGUAAGUGCCAAAGCUGUGCUGCCACUGUAGAACGAGUCAAUCCCCGGAUGGCAUCGGAUUUCUUGAUCAACAGCAGCACAAGCCUUGUAAUAAGCUUGCUUCCAUGUAUCAAACUGGAUUUGAUCUUGUCCUGGGCUGCAGUCAAAGUUAUUGGGUUCACUAAGUGCAACAACUUCCUGCCAAGUGCGUAGCAGCGUUGCCGGCAUCAAUUUUCUGGCAGUUUUCGCCACAUGAUGUCCCCAUGGUCCAUGCCCGUCAAAAACGCCGCAGAAAACCAUGUCCUCUUGGCAUCCAAACUCCUGAAAACAGACCAUGUUAUGCACAACAUCAGAUUUUGCAAUAUUGACAAUGUCAAGGCGAAGUCGCUGGUUCUUGUACCUCCCACACGACUAUGCAGUCCUGGUUAAACCCUUUCUGGCCGCGCUUGGAGUAUGCAGCCGCAAGAUUUUGGUUGUUUCUUGCUGCAACAGCACCGGAGGAAGUCAGCAACAGCUCAUUCCUCUUUGCCAGCACACUUGCAGCCUCCCUCCCGAUAUCUGUGGUCUUCUUACUGCCAUGCUUAUAUGGGAUGUUCUUCGACAAGGUGUUGAAUAAGGAGGAAAACUGUACCAUCUCCAAUCUGCAUAAGAAAUGACAACAGACAAGAAAACUUUGGAAACCUAUUUCCACAAAACUGAGAGGCUUAAAUGAAAGCAGCAACCAAAACUAGAAACUGCCAUACAGAACAGUGGUUGUAUGCAUAGAAGAAACUAAUGAUAAAGAGUAAAAACAUGCAGAAAUGACCUCUGAUACGGUUCCGUAUGUCUACACAAGUUCCGGACGGGAGUUGAGUUGCAGGGCCUUCCAAAUUCCUGGGAAUAUCAGAUAGAGAUGCAAAGGCAAGAGUGAAGGAGAGAGUUUAUACUCCAUUUGUAGGCAAGGACUAUGUAGGGGCCUCAUUUACUGCAACAUAUAUGCAUUGGGAAGAAAUUCAAUGUUCUAAUGGACACAUAGUGAGGGCUACGAAUCUCUAUUUGAUCUAA